AUGGAUUCAACAAUACCGACCUCGCUUCUUACAGCGCUCAACUGUAGAGGCAACAUCCACCUCGUUAUUGGUACAAACCCACUCGCUGCGACUCGAUGCGGCCAAUCUCUGGGUUCUGGCGCACAGCCAAUUCUUAUUGCCCCCGAGGGUGCUGAGCUUCAUUACGCUCUACAGAAGAAGAUAGACGACGGAAGUGUUCAAUGGCACAAGAAACAGUUUGAAGAUUCCGAUCUGCUAUCACUUGGUCGCGAGGAGGUUGAUGGGGUAGUGGAUGCUGUCUUUGUCACUUCGGCAGCACGAGACACUCAAACAAUUCAUAUCUCUGCUCUGUGCAAACGCAAUCGAAUCCCCAUAAACGUCGUUGACGCUCCUCAACUUUGCACAUUCUCCCUCCUUUCGACACAUAGCGAUGGCCCUCUCCAGAUCGGCGUUACCACGAACGGUCGAGGUUGUAAGCUGGCCUCUCGAAUUCGCCGUGAUAUCGCCGCAUCACUCCCCGUAGAUCUCGGCGCUGCCUGUACACGACUCGGAGACGUUCGCCGUCGCAUCCACACCGAAGACGCCCUUGUGGCUGAAGACGACCCCGCCUCCCCCGACGACUCUUUCGACCAGGACGCCCACUUCAACCGCCUUAUUACAGAAGAAGAUGCUAAGAACCGAAGAGUGAGAUGGCUCAGUCAAGUCUGCGAAUACUGGCCUCUUAAGCGCCUGGCUGCUAUCACAGACGACGAUGUAGAGACAGUUCUCAAGUCAUACCCCGGGAACGGUCCCGAUAUCAAGCGUGACCCUGGCACUCCCGAGAAACGUGUUGGUACAAUUAUCCUGGCCGGUAGUGGACCUGGACAUCCCGAUCUUCUUACACAGGCUACACACAAGGCUAUCAAGUCUGCGGAUCUUAUUCUUGCCGAUAAGCUUGUACCUUCUGGUGUCUUGGAUCUUAUUCCCCGUCGUACUCCCGUUCAAAUUGCUCGCAAGUUCCCUGGAAACGCCGAUCGUGCUCAGGAAGAGCUUCUCGAAAUGGCGCUUGCUGGAGUUCAAGAGGGCAAGACUGUUCUGCGCCUCAAGCAAGGAGAUCCUUAUGUGUAUGGACGUGGUGGUGAGGAGGUUGCCUACUUCCGCCAGCACGGCUAUGGCGAUAGAGUGUCUGUUCUCCCUGGUGUCACCAGUGCUCUGAGCGCCCCCCUGUUUGCUGCAAUCCCUCCUACACAGCGCGAUGUUGCCGACCAAAUCCUCAUCUGCACUGGUACAGGAAAGAAGGGUAAGGCACCUUCACCACCUGAGUAUGUGCCAAGCCGAACAGUGGUUUUCCUUAUGGCUUUGCACCGUAUUAACGGUCUGAUCCGCGAACUAACCACACAUAUCGAGCUUGAGCCAUUGGCCACUCAAGUCUCUCCUGCAACUGGCGAGAGCAAGCGAGUUCUGUGGCCGCGCAACACACCUUGUGCUGUCAUCGAGCGUGCCAGCUGCCCUGAUCAACGAGUUAUCCGAACAACCCUCGAACAUGUUGCUGAGGCCAUCGAGACAGAGGGCAGCCGCCCACCAGGUCUCUUGGUAGUAGGUCGAUCCUGUGAAACCCUCUUCACUCCUGAGAAGGGGCGAGCCUGGGUGACAGAGGAGGGAUUUAGAGGAAUGGAAAUAGAGGACUUCACAGUCGGACUAGAGGCAUUGCAAGCAUGA